AUGUCUACCUGGGGAAGAAUUUUUCGAGUGGAUCGUUUUGUUGUAGUGCAAAACUGCUUACUGUUCUUUUACUUCAUAUCAUUGAUAACGGGAUUUUCCAUACAAGCGAAUAGCGGAACAGUGAAGAAGCCGAAAGUGUCCAGAAUCUUAGUGGUCUACAAUAUUUCCUUGGCCAUUAUCCUUGGAAUAUGUUACAGAAGUGCCAGUGAGUUGUUGACUGUCGGAGGCAAACGCAGCCCUGUUACGGUUGUCGUUGAUGGCAUCGAGUCCAUGCUACUCUUACAAUCGAUGAUCUUCGGCACAAUUAGACGGUACCGGUCAUGGAACCAACUGGUGGAAAUAUACAAUGAGUUUAGAAAAAUUUCUCAUGAAAUUGGAUAUUCUCUGAGAGAAAUAUGCCGUCCUGUCAACGAAAAGGUCCUGCAAAAACUUUUGUCCAGCAUCGCACUUCUCGUAGUUAUUGUGGUGGCUGUACUGUGGCGGAAAAUAAUGGUGGAGAAUGUGCCAUUGGACUUUUUCACCAUACUCUCAUCAGUGUAUCCGAAAGUGAUGAUUGUUUAUGUAACGGUUUGGUUCUACCUGAACGUGUUGUACGUUCAACGAUUUCUGGAACUGCUGAAUUCCAAGCUUGAAGCGCUACAUCGAAACGUUGCUGAGGCAAUUGCUUCGAAGAAAUAUUCAGAGAGGCAUAUUCAGAAGUUGCAUCAAAUUAUGAUACUACGUAGCCGCGUUGUGAAUUUGGCUUGCAGAAUAAAUCAAGCUUAUGGUUACACGAUGAUGAUGGUAUAUACGUUGAUUGCGAUGUUGAAUCUUAGCCAGCUGUACUAUUUGUUCAUCACAAUUUACCGAUACGUACGUUAUUCAUCCGACCCAUACGAGCGGUUGAGUAUUUCGAUACUCUUCAUGUGCAUUUUAAAUUUUUACGAGUUGUAUUGUGUUGCUGAUGUUAGCGAAAUGUGCGUGGAGCAGUCCAAUAAGACAUCCGAAAUCCUGCAGCGAUUCAAUGGAUUGAAUAUGGACGCACGAUUACAACAAAGCAUGGAAAUAUUCCUCAUCCAGCUGAUGCAUCAUCCCAUAAAGUUCACAGCAUGUGGGAUGUUUACUCUGGAUUACUCGAUGCUCUUCUCCAUCAUUACUUCAGCAACGAGCUACCUCAUUAUUCUUAUACAGUUUGAACUAGCGAACAGUAGCAGCUGUAGCAAAAUCACACAAUAAUGAACGAAGGGAAGCAAAAAAACAUAUGCGUUUCGAUUACCUAAUGUUUAUUUUUAUAGCUCUCAUAUAUAUACUUUUCAAAGUGAAAUAAUUAACAAUAAUUUAUUCUUUGUUUCCUUUUUUUAUGAAA